AUGGAUCCUAUUCAGCUGUGCUUUGUCGAUGGCCGUCCGCGCAAUCCAACCCAACGAGCAAAAGAACUGGUCAGCUCGACAAUCCGAGCGCAUAAUGCCAGGGUCGCUCACGCAAAGCGGAGCAAUAAUGCCACGGCACAUUUAAUCGAACAGCAGUCUGGCUCGAUCAAGCCGUUGAUCAGUCGUUUUCGCAUAGCUCCCGCCUCUGGGCGUGAUCGAGACCACCAAGCAGCGGACCAUGAGAAGGCCUUGAAGCGUGCUCAGACUGUUGCCCACGCAGAAGCGAGGGGCCAUUUUCAGAGCAAAGAGUGGCUAUAUGCCAUGCUACAUCGACAAUGGAUGGAUGCCAUCUGGACCCCUUUCUCGCCUCACGUUCCAAAGCAUGUUGCAAUAUGUGCGCACUCCUUAGAUUUCCUUAGGAACGCCCGCUUUUAUUUCUCUGUGUUUCUGGAUAUGGGUCUAACACUUCUCCACGUAGACCAACAAAUGAUCGUACCCACCAUACAGCUCGCGUUUGAAGUAUUUCAUGUCCGGAAUACUCACAACUACGAAUUCCUUCAGUGGAUGACGCGACCCACAACGUCGGGGUACCAUGCUGGCGCGGCCGGCUUGCAGCUCCUCUAUGACCAGCAAGUCUCGCCUGGCUGCGGCCAGACUCGACAAUGUCUCUCCCACAAAGUGAAAGCGUCUGCAAUCCUAAGGGGGACGUUGUCUCAUUCUCCGACAAGGGUACCUGACGACGAAUUGCUCGUUAUCUUGUCUCUGGCAACUGUGGAGCGAACAGUAGACAUGGAGGUUCACCAAUAUCAUCUCGAGACACUAGCAAAGAUUAUUACCGCUCAGGGCGGCAUGGAUUUGGUAGCUGAUCAUCCUAAAUGCACAAUACUCCAGUUCGACGCGUGGUGGAGCCUGUCCACAGGACUUCGAUACUUUUCUUCUCCGCAAUCUCUCCCUCAACCCGAGGUGGAGCCGGAAAUAUUGUCCACUCGAUUCCAGCACCAGAUCCACGAAAUCCCUAUGGGUUUCCGCCCCUUUAUCACGGAAGGGAAAUGGUCCGGCAGCACCGUUGAGAUUCUCAUCCGUCUCGCAUAUGUCUACCAAAGGGGGAAACUCCAGAGAGACGAGUCGGGAUGUAUCGUCGGCCUCCCUCUCACAGCCCGACCGGUCUGGCGAACUUUCCAAGAGGCAUGUCCGGCAUUGGACGCACCAGGCGCGGGCAAUGAGAAGCUGCUGGCGCUGGCGCUGGUUCUUUACUGCGGGAUCGGCUUCGAUUCAGCGCCUGUGUCGAGCAACGGAGGUCUCGCAUCGAGAGGUGCACUCACCAAAAUACUCACCCUGUGCGAGCUGCUGUUAGAGUCGCCAGACGAAGUGUCUCUUCUCUUUUGGGUAUGGAUGGUGACCAUAUGCGCGUGGCACAAUGCCUCUGGGAACGGGUUCUUGCCACCCGGUGUCGAGCUGCUUCUGAAGUUACGUCAGAGGUUUGUAAAUGUCGAGGAAUGGGAUGCGGCAAGCGAAAUAUUGGAGGCCUUCUUCUGGAACGACAAGCUUAGCGAGCUAUGCAAAGCAAAGUUUGAAGGAACGUGUCUUGGUCAAAUGCACAAGACUUACUGA